AUGUCAGAGAUGAAAUUCUGUUCAAAGUGUAAUCAAUGUAUCAAAGAAAGUCAUUACUUGUUAGCUGAUUGUCAAUACUGGCAUGAAGAUUGUCUACGAUGUGUAUGCUGUGAUGCGAGAUUAGCUGAAUUGGAUAAAAUUUUCUACAUUAAAGCUAGGAUGUCAUUAUGUCGAAGAGAUUAUCUGAGAUUGUAUGGUAAAACAGGUGAAUGUUCCAUCUGUCAAAAAAGAGUACAAUCAUAUGAAUUUGUUAUGAAGAUAAAAAAUAGUGUUUAUCAUUUAUCUUGUUUCUGUUGUCAGCAUUGUCAAAUGAGAUUUUGUGUUGGAGAUCGUUUUUAUUUACAUGAAAAUAUUAUCUUAUGUGAACAUGAUUAUAUGGAAUUAUUUCCAAACCUUUUUACACAAAAUAUUAAUCCACUUCAUCUAGAGAAAAGAAAUAUGAUUGAUAAUCAAACUACGACGGAUUCAUAUUUUUGUUUAAAUGAAAUAGAUACAAGACAAAAGUGUACUGAUGCUGAUGAUAAUGAAAAUUACUAUGAUGAAAAUAAUCAAAUGAAUCUGAACUAUUCACAACGUAUUACAUCAUAUAUUCAAUUAUUUGCAAAAUGCAAAACAUGCAUUACUACAGAACAAGGUUCUAGUAAUAAUAAUAAUAAUAAUAAUAAUAAUAAUAAUAAUAAUAAUAAUAAAUUAAUGAAGAUUGAAGAACAUAGAUUGCAUUCUUCAUUGAUACCAUUCGAUGUAAACUUGAAUGAUUCCAUAACAAUAUCAGAUGAUCGCUCAAGUGGUUAUGGAUCACCCAGUUCACCGGGGAAUAUUUUCCAUGAAAAGAUUUGA